AUGUCGACCCCCACAAUGGCUCGGUUCCGAACCCAUGUCCCACCUUUGGACAGCCCGUCUAAGCAGCUUAUGCUUGACCUCGUCCGCGAUCUUGAGCAAGUCAAAAUUUUUGACGCGGAUCUGAAAAAGGUACACCAGUAUGAGCGAAAACAAUUCUACGAAAAUCUUGACCGGAUCGACCGUGAGCGUGAAGCAGUCCACACAGCCGCUCUCGACCAGGCUGCCGCCUUCCACGACCGCGUCCGCGAGGAAGCAGAGACAACCUUGAAGGAUCACCUCCUCGCCGAAGAGGAAGAGCGCCUGCGGAAGGAAGAAGCGAUCCGCAAGGAACAUGAGCGAAUUGAACGCGAGAAGACCGAAAAAGCACGCCGCGAACGAGAAGCAGCCGCACGCGUUGAGGCCGAACGCCAAGCCAAAGAGCAGGCCGAGAAAAAGGCCCAGGAGGAGGCGGCUAAGAAAGCCGCUGCCCUUGAAACCGCACGCAAAGCCGCGGUUGAGGAGAAGCUUCGCAAGGAACGCGAGCAGGCCGACGCCCAGAAGCGCAAGCAGGAUGAGGAGGCUCGGAAGGUGCAGGAAGAGGUCGACCAAAAGGCCCGCAGCCAACAGCAGCAGAAACUUGGUGCUGGAAACCUUUCGGCAGAGGAAAUCAAAGAGCAGCAACGUUACGUUGAGCUACAUAAGACACUCAAAGGAAUGCGCAAAUGGCUCAAGGACAUUGGCCAAACCCAGCCUGACCUCAAGGCGACUAUGGGCAAUUUACGGCGUUCUAUCAAGAAAUCCGUUGGCCAGCUUCGAGCUGGAACCGGUGCAAAUAAGCAACAGGUACAAAACCCCUCCCCCAUGAUCGGAUGUCUAUGUCUAGAUACUGAUUGUUUGAACGAACCUCAGAUCAUUCAUCUCAAAUCCGAACUCGAGAAAGCUCUUGCCUACCCAGAGCCAACAGUGGACAUCCGUAAUUUCAUCGCAUUCCCACCUGAGGAGAUUGCAAAUUCGGAGAACAAGGUACCGGCAAUGCUUAUUUAUGGAUUAAACAUUCUUGCAAAGAGCUUGAUAUCCUCUCUCCUGGCCGAAGCCUCCAUCAAACAAUCCCACGCCGAGCCGAUCGGCAUCAUUGCUGCUCAGAUCUUCUCAUUUGAUAUGUUCACGUACAAAGGAGUACACAUGUCCGACAUCAUGUGGGCUAAAUACCGUGUCGUCUGCCCGGCUUUGUGGGGAUUCACAGGCAAUGACAAGACCGAGGGCGGACGUCGUGUCCUGGGUUGGUGGCGUUCUGCAGACAGUGGUUCCUGGGUUUCCGAACAAGUUCACAUGGAUCGCAUGACCGCUCUCGGUGCGGGAUAUGCUGCUAUGACCCUUCGCAACUUUGCAAAGUCACCACGUCGCAACCCGUUCCCGAACACCAUGUUCUGGGCUUCUAUCCACAAGAUUUUGGCGAUCCCACCUUCAGAGUUGCAGGAGACGCAAAUUGCUCUCCUGGCAGCCCUCCUCCGAUCGUCGGGCGAGCGCAUCAUAGGAUUUUUUGGUCAGUAUGGGCUCGCCUUGAUGCACUACGUCAUCGUCGACCUCCCCCGCAAGCUCGAGCGGGAGACAAUGGCUGUGACCCAGCUGAGCACCCUCAGGGAGCUCUACCUAAAGGAGAAAAAUUUUGCGUUGUGA